AUGAGUUCGGAGCAGAAAGAUUUUGAAAAGCAAAUAUACAGCGAGGAUUCUGUCUCCGCUGAGGCCUUAAACCCGGGUGAGGCUCUUAAAGAGUCCCAGGCCGGCGAUGACCAAAAGUUGAAGCGUGUGUUGCAUGCUAGGCACUUGUCGAUGAUUGCCAUAGGUGGCGCCUUGGGAACGGGCUUGUUGAUUGGUACCGGUAAUGCCUUGAGACUAGCAGGGCCAGCCGCUAUUGUCUUGAGUUACUCGGCCAUCGGCUUUGUUGUCUACAUGGUGUUGACUGGAUUGGGAGAGGUUGCAACACACAUCCCAUUGGCAGACGGCUUUGCUGGUUAUUGCAAGAGAUACGUUGACGAGGCACUUGGUUUUGCCUGUGGAUGGACCUACUUGUUCUUGCAAUUGUUGGUGACCGCCAACCAGUUGGUUGCCGGCUCCUUGACCAUGCAAUACUGGAUCGACGAAGAAAGAGCCAACCCUGGUAUCUGGAUCGCGGUGUUUUUGACCUUGAGCACCACAAUUAACAUUCUUGGUGUUCGGUUUUUCGGCGAGGUUGAGUUCUGGACAUGUGUGGUAAAGAUCUGUACGUGUAUUGGUCUCAUCAUCUUAUUGCUUGUCAUUGCCUUAGGUGGUGGCCCUACUGGAGAUAGACUUGGCUUCAGAUAUUGGGAAGAUCCCGGAGCUUUCAGAGCUUAUUCUGAACCAGAAAGAGGCAUAAACAUCGAGGGUGAUCUUGGAAGAUUUGUGUCUUUCAUUUCGGUGCUUGUAAAUAGUGUCUUUGCAUACUCAAGUUGUGAAAUGGUCGGUGUGACGUUCCCUGAAUGUGCCAGGCCACGCAAAGCUAUUCCUAAAGCUAUCAGGUUGACGUUUUACCGUAUAGUGGUCUUUUAUGUGCUUAACGUCUUAUUCUUGGGAAUGUGCGUUCCAUCUAACGAUCCUAGGCUUUUGGGCACUAGUGGCACGAAUGCUUCGGCUUCACCUUUCGUGAUCGCUAUCUUCAAUGCUCAGAUCCAAGGUUUAGACCAUGUUAUCAACGCUUGCAUCUUGAUUUUCGUCACUUCUGCUGCCGUUGCUGAUAUGUACAUCGCUUCGAGAACCCUUUAUGGUCUCUCAAUGUCUGGCUAUGCCCCCAAGUUCUUUUCCAAAACCGAUAGAAGAGGAGUGCCAUACUGGGGUAUUGCUCUCGCCUUUGGAUUCGGCUGCUUGGCUUUCAUGGCAACAUCUUCAGAUUCGGCUGAUGUGUUUCAGCAUUUUGUAAACGUUGUUUCGCUCAAUGGUUUGCUUGCUUGGUCUUGUAUUCUUACUGUUCACGUUCGUUUUAUGAGAGCGUUGAAGGCACAAGGCUAUGAUAGAAAGAGAGAUUUAGCGUUCCGCUCUCCAAUCCAGCCAUUUGGAACUUACUUCUCCCUCGGCAUUUGCAUCUUUGUGAUCUUUGCAAAGAACUUUACUGUUUUCCUCGGUAGUCCCUUCGACUACGAGACUUUUAUCACUGGUUACAUCAUGCUUCCCGUUUUUAUCGUGAUGUUUCUUGGUUGGAAGUUUUGGUACAAAACUAAGUUUGUUCGUGCCAGCGAGAUCGACCUUACAUCCUUCAAGGAGGCCUUUGACAUCCAGGAAGAAAAGUUCCAGGCACAGGAUGAAGAAGAUAGAGCUGCUAGAGAGGCUGCAGGCAACCCCAUCAAUCUUAGGUGGUUCUAUGACAAGAUCUUUGGCUGGGUCUUCUAA